GUUUUACAUGAAAAAACAAAUGUCCAUGAACAUUAUCCAACUAUGAUAAAAACGUUGUACAAUAAUCAUUUGAAACAUUUUUUCUUCAAAGAAAGCCUUGUAAUGUAGGUGACGUUUAAAUUUCCCGCUACACGAGCUUCCAGAAUGGCGGCACACGCCUGCGUCACGUUUCUUGACAUAACAUUGAUGUGAAAAAAUUAGUGAAUUGUAAGGCGAUUAAGCAAUCACGGAACCAUUAAGAAUCGGAUAAUUGUCGGUUCUUGCAUUUGUGAGACUUGGCAACAGUGGACUGAAGAGGUGGCUGCAAGAAACUGUGUUUGAACUAUCUUCUUCUGCAGAACCAAGACAGCCUCGAGUGAUGGAUGGUUCGAAACGUUUCACCGGUGGGAAAAACAACAAUGCUUACAAUGGAAGGCUCAAAGAAAUUCUUUUGUCAAAACAGAAAUCCGAAGAAAAAAUCACUGAAGCUGAUAUUGCCAAUAUACCAAUAAUAAAGCAGGCAGAUAACAGUAGAUUACUACCUAAAUAUAGCUCAAUUUUAGGAAAAAGCGGAGAAGAUGGCGUGUCUAUGGAAGACUUGGACCAGUUACAAGCGGAUUUAGAGAAAUUAUUAACUACAAAUGCUGCUAGAAUCAGACAUUUGUUAGCGGAAAUCGGGGAAUUGGAUAGAAAUGAAGAAGGGCAUGGCAGGAAAGCGUACGACAAGACAUCUUUGAAAAGAAAACGUAAUGACGAUACAUCCAGGAAAUUCAAAGACACGAAAAACGGCAUGAGGGUUAUAAAAAAACAAUAUGGGUUGACGCAUAAAUUUGUUGGGGACACCCAUUUACAAGAGGUCCCAAAAGUUACACUACCUAAAAACGACAACUCUGACAAAUUUUGGGCUUCCAUUGAACCUUAUUGUGCUAACGUAUCUAAAGAUGAUGUAGCAUUCCUUGAAUCGCUAAUACAAGAAUGUGCGAAAGAUAUCAAUAUGAACAUUCCUGAACUAGGGGAACAUUAUACUGAAGGGUGGUCUGAUGAAAUAUUGAAUGAAGAACAAAAUUAUGGAAAAUCUCCGUCGAAAAAAAUAUCAGGAUUUGAUAUGAAAAGAAAUAAACUACAUGCGAUUAUGGAUACUUUUGCUACUCCGUUAAACCAAAAUAUUACAGCAACUAUCGAAGAAAACAUAAUGAGUGUGUUGCCCAAAACCAGCGGCCCUAAUGGAAUUAUAAAGUUCAAAGCCUGUGAUGUACUGAAAUCAUCCAACAAUAACCACAAAUUAGGAGCCUGUCUAGAUAAAAAACUUAAGAAAGAACAGGUUGAACAGGGAAUUUUAACGUUGGACGACUUGGCUAAGACACAACCUGACGAUGAAAUUUUGACGGAAAUUAAAAAAUGUCAACUAGAACUAAAAACAAUGAAUAAAUACAACAUUGAGGAGUUAAACAAGUUGAAAACUAUUGUUACGGAUGACUUGCGUUGUAGUGACGUGAAGGAUCAACUUGAAAAAGUUGACAAGCAGGUGUUGGAUUUGUACAACAAAAUCCUAGUUGCUAGAAAAGCGGCACAAACACAGGACGGCGAUGAAUUUGAUCGCAAUGUCUUUAACGAACAAAUAACAAAAGAGUUUGAAGGUCAGGCGGAUGCAUUGCUGAAACAGCAAAUUGCGUUGAAUAACGAGAACAAUGGAAUGACCGAAAUGCACAUGCUUUAUUGAUGGUUGCAUUCCUUGGAGUAGUGCUUUUGCUACUCCAAGUGUAUUUUGCACUUUUGAACUUUCGUAGGCCAGGAAAUAGUUUUUUUUCUAAAAUUUCGUCAGUUAAUAUUUACGGUAAUAUCGUUAGAUAGGGCUGGAACAUUUGCCACCAUUUUGAAAAACGCGCUUUGCGGAUAGUCAAAAGGUUACGAGCAAUUUGAGAGAACAGAAACACGUGAUGAUAGUCUCGCUAAUAAUGUCUGAACUUAUGAAGACUACUAUUCUUUUUUGAAGAGAAUAAAGGUUUUUACAAAAAGGUCUUUUACGAUGAAGACGUGUCAAAAAUUCGCAUCAAUUUAAGUGCGCCGCAUAUUCCGCACUCUACGUACGAUGUCCACGUGUCCAAGCGUAAUGUUUUCGGACAUUUUAUGAUGUAUCCAUGAUGAAAAUCCAAGUCACUCACUUCCAUCAGUCUGUCUACUGGCCAUUCUGUCACUACUAUAUCACCUCUUCUGUUAAAAUCGAUACAAUGGUUACUGAAAUUACGCGGUGACAAAAUUUCGCUAAACGGACUGAUGGAGUGAGUGAGUGGAUCUUCGUAAUGAGUAUAAUACAAAUUAUUAAACAGUUUCCAUACUUCAAAGCUGUAUUCUUGAUCAUAGGUUAAUGAUUAUGAAGUUAUUUCCCUCCUUAUAUUCCAAGAACCAUCAAACUGUCAAAAAAAACGUAAAAGACCUUUUUUGGCAAAUGCUCCAGCCCUAUCAUGACUAUCAAUUUGAACCUUAAGAAGCAAAAAUGUAACGAUACCAUCAAAAAAAUUUACUGUUGCUCGAGUUGUACGAUUUCCUUAUACAAAAUCUCCCCAUUUCCUGGUCUAUUCUCGCGUAUAGGACCAUUGGUUUAGUGAUGACUAAGCAUCAAAAAAUGUAACGUCAGGUACAGUCGGAAACAAAAAAGAUUGCGCGAGGCUUUCUCUAUGUUAGGGAAAAUAAGUAAAAGUGGCAACUACGGAACGCGGCAAUAAGUUCGAGUGCUGCACCCGAGUGGUGAGUUAAGCUCUUGCUUCAGUUUUUACUAAGAGAGGGAGACCGAUGCGCAAUUAUUUUUGCUUUGGAAAGUUCCUUUGUAUCAAAAUACUCUAUAAAAUCUGAUGAGUAACAAAACAGGAAGCAUUUAAAAUUGUUGUUCAGUCAAAUGCGACAUUUUGAGGAAUUUGCAGUUUAGCUAGAAUACUGUUAAUGACAUUACAUUGAAAGAUUCGCUUAUCAUUACAAUUUUGGACUCAUGUUUUUGUUUAUAUACGCGCAGAGUUGCAAAUAAUUAUUAAAUCAUUAAUUAAUAUUUUCGUCUCAAGCUUAAGCUUUCCUGUAUUUAGAUACGUUUAGAGUAGGUUAGAAUCGGGUGUUUAUAUUAUUUCAUAUUUAUGUAUUUAGCAAAUAAUGUUAAGGGAGUGCAUAUUAUAUAUUGGUUUAUAAGUCGUGCGUGUUCAGUUUUAUGCAUUUUUGUAUAAUGUAUUGAAAACUGCAAUAGUGAUUAAGUGAUAUUUUUGUUUAUAUAUAAAUAAUUAUUAAGUCAUUCAUUAAUAUUUUAUAGGCUUAGUUACUUUGCUUCUUGAAGACAUCUUAAGCUUAAGUUUGUCCUGUAUUUAGAUAUGCUUAGAGUAGGUUGGAAUCGGGUGUUUAUAUUAUUUUAUAUUUAUAUAUUUAGCAAAUAAAAUUGAUGGAGUGCAUAUUAUAAUAUAUAGUUUUGUUUCCAUAUUUGAUAGUAACUUAAGGAAGAUUCAAUAUACGGUGAAAUUCAUUUAAGUUUUUAGGCGCCACUAUCGAUCUGUACGAGAGAUAAAAGCGUAUAACAUCAAGCGAUACGUAUGGUAGAAAUGGAGAGAGAAGGCAGUAGAGGACACAAUUCGCGAUUCAGAAGUGUGUACGCUCAAAAUAAAACCAUUAUUUGAACGUAGACAAAGAAAUAAAGCUUACAUACGUUUUGCAUGCUGUUUGCACCCUUGUUUCUCUUUCUUGUACAAACUGAUAGCGACGCCCAAUAAGGUAAAUGAAUUUCACUGUACACGUUAUACAGUGCUUGCAUUUCAAAACACAACCAUACAUUUUUACACUUUCAAGACACAAAUUUCCAAAUUGUUCCACAUUACGACAUUAACUAACAAUUAUUUGAAAAUUCUUGAUUGAGGGUUGAUCUCAAUGUACUGUUUUGUUUGAAAGUCGAGUGUUGUAUAACCUAUCAUACUGAUUUGAUUUUCAACAUGACGUUCUGAAACGAACUUCAAAAUCAAAAGAAAAAUAUACAAAACUAUCAUAUUGUUCUUCGGCUAGACUUCAUUACAAUUAUUAUCACGACUAUAAAUCAAAUCUAUUGUAUAUCAUCUAACAAAUGAUUCAUAUUUAUAAUAUGAUUUCAGUGUUUACCAGGCAAUUGCCAGUAAUUUUUUCAAUAUAUCUGCAUCAUAUUCAUUCAACUACGUGUUUGCAGUAUAAAUGUGAGUCCAUUAAUUAUAUAACCUCAGAAACUAAUGAAAACCCACUUGAAAUAUGUUGAGAAUAAAUUUACUGACGCUUCGGCUCUGAUAAACUAUAACCAAUAUUGAUCUGUUGAUCACUUUUUCAAGGUUAAAAUUGAGUUUAUACGUUCACAAUUUAAACUUCAACCAUAAAAUUGUUAUAUGACUGAUGGUGCGUAAAGCGUAUGAGAUUUUUUUCAUAUAGCUAAAUAUUAAAUUUGACCUAAAAUUAAACGCAAUGCCGUGUAUAUUUUGUGCAGCUCUAAAAGCGUAAUGUUUAAAUUGUGAUGUAAUACGUUACCUGAGUAGGUAUUGUUUUUCCUGCUAUAAAUAUACUGACAUCGCACAUACUUGUGCUUUCUGUUACCUUGAAAUUAUUCAAUUAAAGAAAAUUUGCUAAUGAGAAAAUUGACGUUGUCCGGAAAUAUAAAUUUUCAUUAAAUAGUUGUUUUCUCCAUUGGGAGGUGGUUCAGUGUCAUCACGUUUAUGCUGCAAAUAUCUCUCAAUUUUGUCAUCACAUUGCUGUACCGCAAUAUUGAAUAAACCGUGUAGAUGUGAUUUGAA